GGAAGAGCUAUUUUAAGGCCAAUGAUAGAAGAGGCUGAAAACUCAAAAUACUGGCUAAUUAAAAUGUGCACAAAUGGCACAUAUGUGACAAUGCAAAAUAGACAAUGGGGUUCAAGUAAAUGUAAUAAUGGAAACUGAAAUAGAGAGAUGUAAGGAGCCCUUAAAAGUGGAAGAGUCAAAAGUGUCUGUGAAAGACUAUAAUGGAGGAACAAUUCCAAUGCUGGGAGAGUGCACACCGACACUUAACUACAAAGGGAAAAUGAAAAAACAAGAGUUUGUGGUCGCACACAGAUGCAAUCAACCAGGCAUGGGCCUACAUGCACGUGAGUAUUUGGUCUCUUUAAGAGGUUGUAUAGCAUAAAGAAGACAGGAAGACGAUCAGCUAUGAAAAUAUUAAUAGCAUCACAGGAAGAUAUAUUCACAGGAAACGGAUGCCUCCCAGCAAGAUACAGUUAAGAAAAGAUGUAGACUCUGUGGUACAUGCUACAUGAAAAGAAAGAGGCAAGAACUGCAAAACAUGACAGAAAAUGGUACUAGAAGAACCAACAAAUGGAGUUCAUAUCUUCGUAACGGUAGAGAAAAAAUAAGGAGGAUUCUGGGUUGUGUAUGGACCCUAAGGAGCUGAACAAAAAUAUAAAAAACCCACUUCCACUUGCUCACAAGAAGUGAACUGUUGUCUGAGUUGGCAGGAGCCAUAUUCUUCAGCAAUGUAGCUGCAUCAGCAGGAUUUUGGCAGAUCCCCAUGGACAGCAAGAUCUCCAAGAUCUGCACAUUCAACAUACCAUAUGGCAGAUAAUGCUUCCUCAGACUGCCUUUCAGAAUAUGUUUGGCUCCGGAAGCAUUUCACUGUACAAUGAGCCAAAUGCUAGAGGGUCUAGCAGGCAUGAAAGUGGACAUUGAUGACUUAAUAUUUUGGGGCAGCACUGCCAUUGAACAUCAGGAAUGACUGAGGAGAGUACUGGAAAUUGCAAGAGCUCAUAACCUUAAACUGAAUAAAAUCAAACGUCAAUUUCAAACACACAUGGGAGAGAGAUUGAUCUCCAAAGGAAUCUUGCCUGACAAAUCAGAAAGAUUCAAGCAAUACUGAACAUACUGAGAUAUGAAAAUAAAAGGGAAUUCAAAGGCUGCCAAGCAUGUUGAAUUAUGUCAGCAAGUUCAUACUCAACUAUAGAGCUCUCACAACUCACCUAAUACAUCUCCUCCUGAAGGUCAAUGAAUGGGCAUGGAUGCCAGAGCAUGAAAGGGAGUUCAGUAAUGUAAAACACAUUCUGUCAAUCAGUUCCAGUGCUUCAAUGUUUUGACUCAUCAAACUCUCCACAGAUGCCUCAAAAGGAGAAGUGGGAGCAGAGCUAUCACAUCAUGGAUCUGAUUGGUUGCCAGUCUCAUAUGCAUCUAGGGCUAUGCAGUCGCAGAGAUGAGACACACACACACACACACACACUGAAAAAGAGUCACUAGGUCUCACAUACAGAUAUACAAGAUUUUAUCGCUUUUUCUCAACAGUUGUAGUUUCAAAGCAGAAACUGAUCACAAACCUCUGAUUGCAAUACACCAAAAGGGGCUUGGAGAAGCACCACCAAGGACACAGUGACUACUUUGGUCAAUACAGAAGUAUGAUGUGACUUGGUGUUCCAACCUGGAUACUGCUUAAUAAUGGCAGACGCACUCUCAGGAUUGUCUCUAUUUGACAAUACACAGGCUGAUGAUCUGGAGCAAGCCAUAGACAUACAGCAUGUGAUGCUUUUUAUCAUGUGCACAGGUAUCUCCAGACAUAUUAGAUGAACUGGAGACAGAAACAACUAAAGAUUAAAUGCUGCAAGAAGUGAUACGAACUAUAAGUAAAGGAGGGGAAAAAACCAACACUUCCAUACCUGCAUAUUCCCACUAUAAAAAUAAGCUUCCAGUGCUCUCAGGAGUGAUUUUCAAGAGAUAAUGAGAAGGAAAAUAUUGGGAUGAAUACAUGAAGAGCACCUGGUAAUGACCAAAUCAAAAAGGGCAGCUAAAGAAGGUGUAUUCUGGACACAGAUGUAUAGUGACAUCAAAGAAAUGGUGGCAAUUGUGUUAAACAAAUUUGGCAAGAUGGGCACUGGCCAGUCAGAACUACAGUGAUCAAAGGGGAGUCCCUUCACCAUAUUCAGUGAACACAGGCUUCACAGCUGAAGGCAAAAAUCUUACCAAGAAAUCAAGCAACUGCUCAAGAUACUUGACAACUUGGCUGAGACAAGCAAAGUAAGAGCAGACACACAAGUUGAAAACAAUUCACAAGCUGACUCUGUUACUGACCAUGAGACUAAACAACCUAUGACAGACAAGGAUUCGACUAAAGAGGGUUUGCAAUACAGCAGAUCAGGAAGAUUGCUGAAACAGCCUACGAGACCGAUUGAGACAUGGCUUGCUUCAUUAAGGUUUAUAUACUCCUUUAUGAUCUUUGAAGUGAAGGUGUUACAGAAACGCUAAUCUCCUCUUCAUAUGAGUCACUUGUCCUUGCUGUCUCCAAGACUGGAUACGGUUGACAUGCAGUCUCCAAGAAUACCUGGUAGAAAACGAGGAAGACCCCCACUCCAUUCUACUCCGAUGAAAAUGGCUGUUCACAAUCUCUAUUCAGCACCAUCUGGUUCCUUGCCAGUAGUGAAGAUCCCAAAGAAGAGAGGAAGAAAACCCGGGUACAAGCUGAAGUCGCGUGUUCUGAUGACUCCUUUAGCAAUCUCUCCUCCAAGAAGCACACCAGAACCUGAUAUUAGUUCAAUCCCUCAGGAUGCAGCUACAAUACCCAAUUCAGCUGCCCCACAAGCUCUCACUGUCUGCAUUUACGUCAACAAACAGGCAAACAUGGGGCCAUACCUCGAGAGGAAAAAAGUGCAACAGCUUCCAGAUCACUUUGGGCCUGAAAGACCUUCCAUGGUCCUACAGCAGGCAGUGCAGGCAUGCAUUGACUGUGCACAUCAGCAAAAGACCGUCUUCUCACUUGUCAAGAAGGGCUAUGGAGGCGAGAUGGUGUCAGUUUCUGCUUCGUUUGAUGGGAAGCAGCACCUCCUGAGCCUGCCAGUAGUGAACAGCAUUGGCUAUGUCCUGCGCUUCCUCAAGAAGCUCUGCCGCAGCCUACUGUGUGACAAUCUCUUCAGUAAUCAGCCUUUCCCACAGUAUAGCAGCACCUCUGGAAACCCAGCACAGUAUGAGAAUGGAAGACUGGAGUCAGAAACUAUCAUACCUGAAGAUUACCUGGUUGACCCUAUGAACAUGAAGCGCUACAGUGUUGAUCCUUCUGAUUCUGCCUUUAAUUGCAUGAGUUCCCUGUAUACCAUGAGACAAAGCUCUGGAGACGGACGUCUUGCUGGAGGCUCCCCUUCCUCUUGCAGCCAUCGUUCCGGUCCGAUGUCCUCCGGGGGACCAUCAUCUACUGGUUUGAGGCAUCAGACAUCCAGCCCAACUAGAAAUGGGACCUAUCUUGAAGGAAACAGAAGUGCCUCAAGUCCUUCACCAGAAAGACAAGAUGCAGCUCGGCCGUCAAGCAAGAACCCUUCGACCUGGACUGUUGAUGAUGUGGUUUGGUUUGUGAAGGAUGCAGAUCCUCACGCGUUAGGUCCGCACGUGGAGCUUUUCAGAAAACAUGAGAUUGAUGGCAAUGCUUUAUUGUUACUGAAAAGUGACAUGAUCAUGAAAUACUUGGGGCUGAAAUUAGGACCAGCAUUGAAACUUUGUUACCACAUCGAUAAACUCAAGCAAGCAAAGUUCUGACAUUUCCUUCAACAGUGGCCCAACAUAAUCCAAGAUAGCAGACUAAAGGUAACAUGUUGCCUUAUAGAAAUUCAUCAAUUUGUGAAUUGUUUUUCCCUCUUUUUUUAACAAAGACUUUCUUUUUUAAUACUUGUGCAUCUUCACCUUUUUUUAAUCCAAUGGGGUCUUUUAGCUGUUCUGUGUUAAUAAUUUUCCAAAAAGUAUAUAAUUACAAUAAUUAUUUUAUAUCAUUAAUAUUGUUGUUAUGAUUAUAGUAAGUCCUAUUUUUGUAAUCAGAAGUGGGAAAUCGGAAACAAAUACAGCUUUGACACAUGCUGAGGACUGAUGAGAGACUGUAGAAGAGUCACUCAUUAGCCACCUGUCAGCCUCUGGGGCAUAAUUAGUAACUUGCCAACGUCUGGGGUGUGGUUAUAAUGCAGACCCAAGAACAAGAGCAUUAUGAGAUAAAAGGCCUGGAAAAGGUCCGAUUAAUGCAGUUUUUUUGGUCAGCUAUUGUUGUCUUAUGGGCACUACCCCAUGUCUUGCACUAUCUGGAAAACUUGAAAUUCUUUAGUUUAAAAAAAAAAAUUCUGAAGACUGAAGUACCUUGUUUUCCCACUAGAGGGACAAAUCCUUAUAAACUCGAGGCUUCAGCUGCUGAUGAUAUGGUGGCUUUCAAUAGGAUGUGAUUGAGCCAUCUUGAUUUUACGUCUAGUAUACACACAAAUUAGGAACUGCAGCUCCUAGCAUGAUCAACCCUUCACUGCUCACCGACAACUAGUUCACCGUUUAGAAAAACCAAAACGCAGAAAGCGUUCCUGAUAGGAUGCCACAACACACUGCAUCUCGUUUAGUCAAAAAGUGGUUGGAUAGCUCCCAGAGCAUCUGGCAUUCUCAGCAGUCUGCCUCCUUCCUUCAGCCAUGCCUGUGUGCCAUAUAUUUUGUGGCACUCUUUAAAAAAGCAAAAGAGUGCAGUGGAAAUGUUCUCCAAAAAGAAGUUGAAAACACAACGCACAUUGUACAUUUGCAACUGUGUUGGAUCUAAAAGGUAGAUUUUCUAGAUUAAUUUCCUGACUGAAGCUGCCAUUGUGGGUAAUCUUGUUAACCUUCAGCACAUAUGCAGAGGUGUUGAGCAUUAGGAUUUAAGUGGAUUCAAAAUGUCCUUCUGCCCCAUAAAAGAACCAAAAAAAAAAAAAAGACGAUUGUCCACAUCCUAUGUAGCCAUGCCAGGACAAGUAUAUUUUUAAAAAAUAAGAGAUUACUUAUGGGUUGGAUAUGCUCUUAUUUUCUUCUUUAAAAAUGAGAUUUAUCAAAAGGAUACCUCCACCCAUUCAGCUUAAACAGCAUUCUCUUUAAAUGAGUGUCCAGAUUUUUUAGCAACUCUUUGAGAUAUUAGGGCUGUGUGAUAGCAGACUCAACCAGUCUCAGAGAAUGGAUUCCUGAACCUCUACAUGGCAGUGAUCAGAUGGUACCAUCCAAUUCUGUUCAUGUCGAAUAAAAUGUUACCAAAAAUGUCAUGCAGAACAAAUCUCAUUUUUAUGUGCAACAUUAGAAUAAACCUGCUACAAAAAGAUACAAAUUCAGGGUCUGAUCCUGAAAACACAUAUGAAUGUGAAAAAUUUUAAUCCCAUGAGUAGUUUAAUAGAACUCACCGGGGUUAUUCACAUGAGUAAAGUUACUUAUGCGCUUAUAUGUUUGCAGCAUUGGAUCCGCAAAUGACUGACCAGUUUUCAACAAGUCCUGUAUGCACACUGAAAUGCCUUUGAAAUGAACACCUGAAUAAAUGUGUUAAACAAAAUUCCUAUAAUACUAAGUAUAAAAUAUACUAAUAUCUAAACAUACGGACGAUUAGAAUUUUAAACUGAGCUGCGUUGCUUUAUGUCUGUGUUGCACAGAAUGAAAAUCUGCUCAACCAGAUGUGUGCUAGGGACAUAAAUGUGUUCACACCAACAUGACGGUUAUACAGUUAAUUGAUCACUGUUGCAUUUUCAAAAGUUAAGUCUUUUACCUAAAAUAAUGCUACUUAUUUGACCUGCUUUUAAAGUAAGCCCAAAAGAGUUUAAAGACCUUGAUAUAUCUGUAAUGUCAUACUCGGCAAAUCCUAGGACAAUCUAGUUUUCUUACGUUCUGCAAUGUAGCCCAUCUUUCUUAUUUAAAAAAAAAAACUUCUGAUUUUAGUUCCUUCCAUCCAAAAACUCACUUCAUUGUAACAUAGCUAACUCCAAAAGAGAGCAGGUCAAACAUUUUCCAGUGGGAUGUUUUUUCCAUUGCAAAAUGCUGUUUCCUCAAAAUCUAAACUUUCCAUGGGAACCUGAUGAUUUUGAGAAAAUUUUGUUUUGCAAACCUCCCUGAAACAAACAUUUCACCAUUAUUGAAACACUUCACUUUUGACAUUCAUGGGAGGAACAUUUUUGGGGUUUUGUUUUCAAAACAACAUUGCCAUUUGAAAAUGUUUUUGAUUGUAUAUUAUAUAGAAAGUCAAAUUUGAAUGAAAUGUUUUAAUUGACCCAAACCAUUUUAAAAAAAAAUUCAUUUUGUAUAAAAUUUCUAAAUUCAGUGUUUUGCUCUGAUUUGGAAGAAACCCAAAUUUCAAAUUCUGGAGUUUCCCACAGAACAGAAGUUCUGGUUACUCACAGCUCUACUCCUAACAUACUUUCUUUCCUCUCUCUUCCCCUCUUUUAGCCAUUAAAACUGAAUAGUAAUCAGAAGGCAGAGACAAUACUAACAACAUAUAUAAGUUAGUUAGCAACAAUGAUAUUUUUACAUCCAAUGUGCUGGAAGAAUUUUCAUACACCAUUGUAUGAAUCUUGUAUAUACAGUCAGUGGUGCUAUUUUUUUUAUAUUAAACUUUUAAAUAUGACAGACUGUUGAAGUCAGGAUGUUUAAUGUUUUGUCCUUGGUGUUUUGUUUUCAUUGAUUGUAUUGCACAGAAGUACAAUAUAUAGCAAAAAAACCUCCUUUUUGUGUGUUUUGAAAUUAAAGGCAAUUAGGGGGAAAGCAUUAUUGAAGCAAUAUUGCGAUUAUAACUAACUUUCCCCCUCAUAAGUCUUGUCAAAGAUGGUAGUUAAAUAGCUCUGCUGUGUAAAACCAGUCAGGCCACUUCCUCUGAACAAGCACUAAAGAGUCAGAACAUACAUGUCAUUCAUUUCCAAAUUAGAUGCAUUUUUAAACAUAGUUGGUACAAAUUACUUUGCUUCUUGUUCCGUUCAUGGCUUUCACUUCAGACUGUAGCCAAUCAAGUUCUACUUUUGAACCAUCCUGAGAGGUGUGUGUGUAUGUAUGUAUCCUUAAAAGCAAUUAUGUGGGUCUGUUUUCUGCUUUAAAAGAAUCAUAGCUGGAUCAAAAGAUAUUUGCUACAAGCAAUUUCAAUAUUUUAUGAGUAUUCCCUUUUGUUUACAAAUGUAGGCAUAGUCUAAGAAUUUUGGGGAAAGUUGUGAGUGAGUUCUUUAGCUACUGUAGUUAAAAUAGCCUGUCCCCCAAUAUACCUGCUACUGAUCUUUUUUUAAAAUGGCUGACCAAUUCGACCUGUUCUGUUUACACAGCUCAUUCAUUUUUCCUUCUCACUGACCACUGCUGCUGUCAUGGCAUCUUCUCCCUCACUGACAAAUACAUCCUUCCAGAGCAAGGGCUGGAUUAGCUCCAUAAAUUGCCCCAUGGCAAUCCAGUGCUGUCAGCCUCCACUUGGGCUGAGCCUACUUUUGAACCUGGGCCCCUCUUGUGUGGCAGCAAGGGGAGCUGCUGCUUCUGCAGAACUAUCAGUCUUGCUCAGGAUGAUCAAUGCAUAAAGGUAUCCUUGAAACGGGUUGUGGCAAAAGCAUUGCUGAGAGCCAUAUACUGCCCCCAUAUACUGUCGUGGGGGAGGGUUGAUCCUUAGCUCACAAAGAUAUGUCCAGAGAGGAAUUUGAUUUGGCCUUUGGACUGCUCCUGCUCAGCUGCAACGGGGGAGCCAUGAGUGGAGAGGCAGUGAGGUUAACUGCAGAGCAAGUGCCCAAGCGACCCCCAGUAGGUGGUGGAGCUACUGCAGGUCAUCCCUGCAGCCCAGCUGGUUGUGUGAGGAUUCAGCUGGGUUGCCAAAUGGGUGAGAGGGAUAUCAGAGGUGUGAGUGCAAACCGAAUGGGUGACACCCGGCAGCCCUGUUCUCUGCUCACACUACUUCUGAUCAAGAACCCACUGAUGUCAUUAGAAAAGAGUCCCAUUGGCUUCAAUGGGCUUUACUCCAGCCCUAAAUCAGGUGGGAGUCUAUUCAAGUCAAUAGUUAUACUGGUGUGAGACUAGUGGAACAGAGCAGAGACUCAUGCCUCUAGUGUUCCAGUCCAAGGAAUACUGUGCAUUAUUUGUAAGCCAUAGUGAAAUGUUCGGUUCUGUACACUGAGUCUGUUUCUACACAUGGGGUUUUCUCCCCUUUGGAGUUAGUUAUAAGAAUGCUCUGUUGGCACAUGCUUCUUCUGUAUCAAAGGACUUGGGACUAUUAGGAAAAUAACUCACAAUAAGCCUUUUGAGGGAAAUGUAGUGGAGAAUUGUGUCCUUUUCCAAAAGCAAACCUUAGUGCAAGAGUUCCAGAAUGCAGCACACGAACACAUAAAGUGUCACAGUUUUUAUAAUAUUGCAGUAGUUCAAACAGGGGUGCAGAAAUGGGAAAAUCCAUACCCACAAAAUAUGGUUCUAAAUCUGUACUUACAGAUUACAGUGCUUGCAAUAGUUACAUGCUGCUUCCUAAUCCACACUCCCUUCAUGGACAAUUGGAAACGGUUUCUUUUGGAAAUCUAAAAUUGUACUUGAAAAAGAAUCACUUUUAUUCAUUGCCAUGAGUUCAAUAUUAUGGAAACAUGUCUGCUAACCAUUUGCUUUGUGUAAUUUGUACUAAUGCUAAUAAGAAACAGCUGUGAUGCUUCUUGUUGUAAAUUCUUUUGUGGUGGCAGUGGUAUUAUCACAUAUUCUUCCCCAAUGUGAUAGGCUCUAGUAAGAUAGAGCUCUUAUUCUGACACUACUCAGCUUGAGCAAAUUCCAUCAACUCAAAAUUAGAACUAUGCACAACUUAAUUGAGAGGAUGUCUCUCUUUGUUCCCAGUCUCUGAGCUACCAGGUGCCUGGCUCUGAACUGAUGGGUGAGUUCAUAUGAUGCGUUGGAGAUAAGUCACUGCUUGUGUAGUGUUUUCAACAUUGCUGGAUUCAGCAUAAGUGUAAGUGGCAGGUUAGGUUACUUGCAGUUUAAGCAAAGGGCUUUCAGUCUGAGGUUUAGCAGUCAAGGAAAGCAGCUUAUUUCAAAAAGAAAUGUUCUAGUAAAAUAUGUUGGCACUUUAAGACUCAGACUGAAACACAGACGGCUUUUCUCAGCGGCAGUCCCAAGUAAAAUGUUUCCCUUAUCCAUGGCUAAAUAAAGAAUCUUGAUCCUACUCAGGCCAAUGUAAGUUUUACUAUUGACUUCAGUGGGACCAGAGCUUGGCCCAGAAAGCAGGGCGAGCUUCAGCCAAGUUCUAAAGUAAGCAGAACCUCACAAGGCCUAUUUCAUCCUCCCUUGAUCUACUCAGAAAUAACAAAAGCUCACCAACCUACUCCAGGCCCUCUCCCAUACAACUCCUUCCUUGCUGGUUUAUCUACUCGGCUGCCCCGGGAAUAAUUUCCUGUUGCUAAUGAAGCCCAUUAGUAUUCCAAUAGGGAGCUUUGCUAAUACACCCAUUUUUGUCAGCAAAGUGCAGGUUGGGUGGCAGUGUGAGAGGGGGAGGUGUUAACCCUCUGCCUACCAGAAUCUGUGUAGGAUCCUUUCAGCCACGUGCUGGAAGGAAACAUUCCAUAAGGCUGUUACAUACACAUGGAUGUUUGAUGAGUUCUCAGUUUUGAAAGACAAAUUAAAUUAAUAGAAUAUCAGAGUUGGAAGGGACCUCGGGAGGUCAUCUAGUCCAACCCCCUGCUCAAAGCAGGACCAAUCCCCAAUUUUUGCCCCAUAUCCCUAAGUGGGCCCCCUCAAGUAUUGACCUCACAACCCUGGGUUUAGCAGGCCAAUGCUCAAACCACUGAGCUAUCCCUCCCCACUAAUUCUACAUACAGAGCUUCUAAAUAUUGAACCAAGCAAAAUCUCCCAUUGAUUUAUACAUGACUCCACUGGGAGUUUUCCCAGCAUAAGCACUUUGGGAUCAGACCCUUAGUGGAAUUUAAAAACAAAACUGUUUAAAACCAAUCUAAGUGGCCCAUUACGUUUAGCCACUUUAAUAGUAAUGGCACUUGAUAGUGCUUCAAAUGUAUCAGUCUCUUGGAUGGUGUCAUACUAAAAUAAUAAGGCCAGAUAGGACAAUAGGAAAGAGUCCACUUGCUAUUGAAGUAUUUUUCUUUUUAGUUUCUGGAGAGCUGCCAAGAACAGUGCUUCAGACUGGGCAGGAGAAGGAUGAUGGGCAUGUGUGUGGCUUAGCUAGACUGGCCUGGUUUUGUAGGCAGGUGGUGAAGUGAGUAAAAUAAAAGCAGGGCUCAGAAGCUAAGAAGAGCAGGUUUCAAAGAGGAGGAAGUCCUGUGUUUUCCUAGUGUCCCCUUGUCAUCUGUGGCCUACUUCCAGACUUGUAUAGAAUCUUUCCUGAACAUAUCCAUGUUUCUUUAUAGCCCAUUGUUAUUGUUAAGGGCAGAGAUCAUGGUGCCCUUCUCUUUUAAAGAUAAAAAUACAGGCCACCAGUUCCCCAUUAUAAGUGCUUUAUAAAAGAACAGGAAUCAGUAAAGGGCUGCAGACAAAGGGAAAUAAUAGUAAGGACAUUUUAGAAUGUAAUUGCUAUGCAACUGUCACUGUCUUUGCACUCAGAAGUAAGGCAGUGUGAGAGAGAGAACUUCUGAACUUGGGUGAAUCUAAACUGGCAAAAGAUUGAUGUUUAAUUGUAUUCCUUACUUUAAUGGUUGCCUGAUCCGUAAUGUGUUUUCUGACUAUGCGUAUUUGCUGCAAUGGCAGUACUGAGAAUUGAUCAACACACCUGAGUCUCAGUGGAACAAAAUGACUAUCUGUCAAAUCUAAUCUCUUUUCUCCAUUGCAUUUCUAACAUGCUGUAGUACUUCGGAGUGUCCUUACCAACUUGAUCCCAGUUUGUGUUGUACUUAAGGAAGAAGCGCUCUUCUUUUCUUAUGACACAGUAACGCAAAAAGUUCAAAAAGCAGAUGCUACCGGAUGCUGUAGGCCAGAUUCUCAGCUGGUAUACAUUGGCAUCACUCCAAUCACUUCAUUGGAAUUACACUAAUUUACACCAACUGAGGAUCUGGCCUUGUACAUUACAUGUACAGUAGAACCUCAGAGUUAUGAACACCUCGGGAAUAGAGGUUGUUCAUCUGAAAUGUCCGUAACUCUGAACAAAACAUUAUGGUUGUUCUUUCAAAAGUUUACAGCUGAACACUGACUUCAUACAGCUUUACUGUGCAGAAGGAAAAUGCUGCUUUUAACCAUCUUAAUUUAAAUGAAACAA